AUGGAAGAGACUGAGGCCAAACCUCCCAGUCCAGAGCCUGUCCCAGCAGCACCACCCAGUCCUGCUCCCAGUCCUACUCCCAGCCCUGCACCCAGCCCUCUGCUGGAGAAACUCGCCUCUGCAGCCAACCAUGUUGAGCAUUUAAAUGUGAAUCAGAUCCAAGUGGUUGUACGGCGCUGUUCAAGUCCAAAUCUUACAGAGGAGACCACUUACUUCAUUCCCCGUAAUCCGGUAGUGGAUGCUGGCACCAACACAGACCCACCAGUUGUGUGUUGCCCUUUACUUCACAGAUUUUGUCCCUGUCCACCAAGUGGGCUCUGGGCUUCCCUUGUUACCAAAGUACUUUUGGCAGGUGUUCUUUUUGGAGUGGUUUGGUCCAUUACAGAAGAAGAAUGUCUCCCGGGAGGAAACCUAUUUGGCAUUACUAUCAUCUUCCUCUGUGCCCUAAUUGGUGGCAAAUUGGUUGAACUUAUACGCCUUCCUGGUCUCCCACCAUUUCCACCAUUACUCGGCAUGCUGCUGAUGGGCUUUAUGCUGAGAAACAUACCAGUUGUAACAAAAGGGGUUUAUGUUGACUACAAAUGGUCAGCAGCUCUCAGGAAUAUUGCGCUGGCUGUGAUCCUUGCCCGAGCAGGUCUAGGACUAGAUCCAUCGGCUUUGAAGAAAUUGAAGUCAGUUUGUCUGAGGGUGUCUGUAGGGCCAUGUGUAAUGGAGGCCUGCACCGUAGCUUUGGUUUCGCACUUCCUCAUGGGACUGCCCUGGGUGUGGGGUUUCAUUCUUGGAUUUGUGCUUGGUGCGGUGUCUCCAGCUGUGGUGGUACCCUCCAUGUUACUGUUGCAGAAAGAGGGCUAUGGUGUAGAUCAGGGUAUUCCCACUUUGCUGAUGGCUGCAGGAAGCUUUGAUGACAUUCUUGCUAUCACUGGCUUUACUACCUGCUUGGGCAUGGCCUUUGCCACAGGUUCUACCUGGUACAAUUUGCUUAGAGGUGUUUUAGAGGUGGCAGGUGGGACUGUUGCGGGUCUUCUCCUUGGGUUUCUGAUCCAGUAUUUUCCCAGUGUCGACCAGAAAAACCUGGUGAUAAAGCGGUCGUUUCUGGUUCUGGGUCUGUCCAUCUUUUCUGUGUUUGGCAGUGCAGUGGCUGGUUUUCCAGGCUCUGGAGGUCUCUGCACGCUGGUAUUGGCAUUCCUUGCUGGCAUCGGCUGGGGAGCAGGAAAGGCCCGUGUGGAGGAUGUGGUCAGUUGGAUGUGGGAUGUCUUCCAGCCUUUACUGUUUGGACUGAUUGGAGCAGAAAUACGGGUAGCAGAACUGGAGGGGCAUGCUGUAGGUCUUGGUAUAGCCUCUCUUCUCAUUGCCUUGCUGGUCCGAAUUCUCUUUACAUUUGUAUGUGUUCUGUGUGCUGGCUUUAACUUGAAAGAAAAGCUUUUCAUAGCUCUUGCAUGGAUGCCAAAAGCCACUGUUCAGGCAGCUAUUGGAUCCACAGCCCUAGAUAUGGCCAGGACAAAACAAGAUCAGGACCUGGAGAAGUAUGGCAUGGAUGUACUGACUGUGGCUGUACUGGCCAUACUUUUAACAGCUCCUAUUGGUGCUCUUAUUAUUGGACUUUCUGGACCUCGGCUUCUACAGAAACCCAAGAACUCUUCCUGUGGGGAGCGAGUCAAACCCAAUUUAUCAACCUUUUUUUGGGGCACUGCUGCUGGAAGUGAUGAGGAGGAAGAAACUCCUAUUACAUAUGAGAGCACUCUCUGA